AUAAUUCGAAGAAAAGCUUGACUAAGGAGAUGGAUGAUGAGUGGGCUCGGAGGGCUUUCGGAAUAGGUCCCCCGCCGGGAUGGUCACCCUCGCCUGUCACCCCCAAAGAGACGCUGUUGGGCCCAAGUGUGACCCUGGUACCACCAUCAGGAGUUGAGGGGCGCGUGCUAAACCAGGGAGAAUCAGGUGGUUUGAUAGACAAAGCGAAGGAGGUGGGCGCCACAACUGAUGGGAAGGCGAAUCAAGGCGCUUUGGGAUCUGGAGGUGCUGGUGACCAGAAUGGUGUCCCUGGUAGUAGGCAGUUGGUCAUGGUAAGAGCACAAAACCCUCCGGGGGACAAUGUUUCUUCGGCACCGCGGGAGGACCCAGUUAUUCAGAUGACUAGGUCGGAGUUGGACAAGAUUAUUGCUGAGGCGAUAGGCCGGGCGCAGGAGGUGGAUAAGAGAGCACCUAACGACGCCAAGAAGCACGAGAAGACGUAUCUCUCACUAAUCAAUAUGCAGCAAAAGGAGGGGGAGACCUUGCGGCAAUAUGUAGCGCGAUAUACCAAAGAGUGCAUAGAGGUCCCCUCUGCCUCGGAAGAGAUCAAAGCUGGAGGCCUUACGUGGGGGUUGAGGCCAGGGAAGUGCAGAGAUUCGUUGGCGAAGAGGCCGGCGAGGUCCUUUGACGAGUUACUUGAGAGGUGUAGCAAAUAUGUGAACAUAGAGGAAUCGGAGGCGGACUUCAUCCGAAAUGACAAAACAAAGACCAAGCAGGUAGACGAGAGGCCUCGACAGGGUGAUCGGCGAGCUCCUCCUAAGGAGGUUAAGGUCGAGGAUCGAUUUAGGGGUCCAAGGUAUGAGCAUUACAAACCGCUUAACGCACCACAACAGGAGAUCUUGGAGAAAAUGGAAAAACGGGGGGAGGACAAGUUGCUGGCGCAGCCAAAGCCUCUACCCCCACCGAGGAAGUUCUCGGCGUCAAAGGAUAGGUAUUGUCGGUACCACCGUGAUUAUAGCCAUGCUACAAAUUUCUGUCGGGAGUUGAAGGAUGAAAUCGAGCGGCUCAUCAGAGCUGGUCACUUAAAAGAGUUCGUGAUUAAGGACAAAGAGCGCCAGGACGAUCGUCGGGAGGGGCGAGAGUCGGGUGACAAACGGAGGAGGACUGAUGAGCAAUCUGACAGACCAGUUAAGAGAGGCAUAAUACACAUGAUCGCGGGAGGUCCUACGGAUGGAGACUCGCACAGGGAGAGGAAGAGGACCUGCCGGGGAAAGAGUGUGGCAGGAGAAGUGGCCGAGGUGCAGGUGCAGAGGAGCUCAGCCACUUUGAAGUUUGGAGUUGACGAUGUGCAGGGGCUUGUUGUUCCACAUAAUGACGCUUUGGUCAUCACUGCAGAGGUGGCCAGUUACGACGUGCAAAGGGUGCUCAUAGACACGGGGAGCUCAGCAGACAUCAUUUUCUUGAAGUGUUUGCAGCAGAUGGAGUUAGAUGUGAAAGUCGAGCCAGUCCACACUGCUCUCUAUGGCUUUAGCGUCAGUGAGGUCCGCCCAGUAGGAGAAGUUAGCUUAACGGUAGCGUUAGGAAGGUCACCUUUGAGAAAGGUGAAGAUGGUGCGUUUUCUGGUCGUGGAUGCUAGCUCGGCCUACAACAUCAUACUGGGUCGACCUAGCUUGAAUUCGUUCCAGGCAGCCAUUUCCACUUAUUGCAUGAAGAUUAAAUUCCCUGUAGGAGAUGAGGUCGGAGAGGUGACGGGGGACCAGCUGCAAUCUAGACGGUGCUAUGAGCACAGGUUAAACAUCGAUCUAACUAUGAAACCAGUGAAGCAGAAGAGGAGGCAUUUCGGUGCCGAGCUGGACGUGGUUAUUGAGGCAGAGGUGGAGAAGUUGUUAAAGGCGGGACAUGUGCUACCCAUUCAGUUCCCGGAGUGGUUGUCCAACUCAGUCAUGGUAAGGAAGGGAGAAGGAAAGUGGAGGAUAUGCAUAGACUUCAGGGAUCUCAACAAAGCGUGCCCAGAUCACUACCCUUUCCCUCGUAUUGACCAGCUCGUUGACUCUACAGCUGGGUGUGAGCUGUUAAGCAUGAUGGACGCAUCCCAGGGGUACCACCAAAUACCUCUCGCCAAAGAGGACCGGAAGAGGGUUAGCUUUGUGACAUCCAAGGGAACUUAUUGUUACGUUGUCAUGCCUUUCGGAUUGAAGAAUGUGGGGGCUACCUACCAACGGUUGGUAGAUAAAAUGUUCAAAGGGCAGAUUGGUAGAAAUAUGGAGGUCUACGUUGAUGACAUCCUAGUAAAGAGCAGGAAGGCGGAUGAUCACGUGGUAGACUUGCGCGAGACCUUGAGUACCCUACGACGGUAUGGCAUGAAGCUCAACCCAGCUAAGUGCAAGUUUGGGGUACGGUCAGGAAAAUUCUUGGGCUACUUGGUCAUGGAGAAGGGCAUAGAAGUCAACCCAGAGAAGGUACGAGCUGUUUUGGAGAUGCAAGCACCAAGGAACUUGAGGGAGGUGCAGAUCCUAACCGGACGAUUAGCAGGGUUGAGCAGGUUCAUAGCUCAAUCCGCAGAGAAGAGUUUUCCAUUUUUUAAGGCUUUGAAGAAGGGGUCGCGGUUCGAGUGGACGUCGCAAGCACAACAGGCCUUUGAAAGGUUGAAGGAGUUUCUAGCUGAACUCCCCUUACUUACAAAACCAGAACCAGAUGACACGUUAGUGGUAUACCUGUCGGUGGGGCAUGAAGCAAUCAGUUCGGUGCUGAUAAAGGAGGAUCAUGGACAGCAGAAGCCGAUAUAUUAUGCCAGCCGAAUAUUGCAGGGCGCCGAGCGUCGAUAUUCAGAUGUGGAGAAGGCAACAUUGGCACGUAUCUCUACAGCCAGGAAAUUGUGUCCUUACUUUCUAGCACAUAAGGUUAUGGUACGUACCAACUACCCGCUCAAAGAUACUUUGGGUCGCCCUUCGUCCUCGGGGAGAAUGGUGAAGUGGGCGGUUGAGUUGGGAGAAUAUAACGUGGAUUUUGAAGUGCGAAAAGCCAUUAAGGCCCAGGCGUUGGCGGACUUCAUACAAGAGUGCACUCUGGGAACCGAGAGGGGACCGUGGAUGUUAUACGUCGAUGGCUCGUCGGCGGUGGGAGGAUCAGGUCUGGGCAUCUUGGUG